CCAUAAUAAUGCGACGUACAUAAUAUCAUAUUAUUAUAAUAGUCAUAAUACAAAUAAUAAUAAAAAUAUUAUAAAUAAAUUACAAUAUACACCGCUGUACGGUAUUGAGUAUACACCGUGUUUAGUCGCGUUUACCGGCUGUUAAUAUUAUUAUUAUUAUUAUUUAUUACUAUUAUUACUAUUAUCCGAACGCUUUCAGGCUUCGAUGCCAUAAUUUUGCCGUCCGUACACCGCACCGCGGCCAUCGUAGUCGAGUUGUUUUGGUACGCAUUACGCCAUUACGAGUACACGGCUACGGUACAGUGACGCCAGUGAGUGCACUGCCAUAUUGUCAUGACGCGUACUUACGAUAAAAUUGUUGUUGUCGUAAUCGAACGAAAACGUUUUAAUGUCAUGAUUUUAUAGUUUGUACACAUUGUUGUAUAAUGCCAAUAGAUGAAACACACUCGUCCUACGACGUGCACGCGAAUUUUAUUUCAAUUAUCUUCAUUUGAUUUAAUUUCUAUUUUUUUGAUUUUAUAUUAACUUCAUUUUCAUCUCGCCACUCGUCCGCAGAGACUUUUUUUUUAAUUUUAAUUUUUUCAAAUUUUUCUAUUACGCGCCGCGGCUGCGCUCGUUCCAACUCAGUGUUUAUUUAGUAUUUGUUGGUCUGAUUUAUCAUAUCAUAUCGAGUAAAAGUUAUUAUGGAAACACAUAUGCAUUGAAUGUAUUUCUUGCCGUUGUAUACCCAGCAUCACCGUCAACAGAGACCCGCUACUUCUACUACUGCUACUACUAAGAUUACUGCUACUACAACACUUCUGCAGUCUGUGAGAAAGCAAUCAUUAAGAAAUCCUAGUUAAAUUUAUUUGGACAUACACAUUUGCCAAUUGAGCAUUAGUCAUUGCCAUUUAUUGCUCAAGAUACACAACGCUUGUUAAGACGACUUAGAUAAUAAAUUAUAUCAAUUAAGAAAAAUAAGUUACCAUCAUGAGUGUAAUAAUUAGAUUGCAAAAUCUGCCUUGGGCGGCCAACGCCGCGGAUAUUAGACAGUACUUCCAAGGGUUAUCGAUACCCGAAGGUGGAGUUCAUAUCGUCGGGGGUGAAAAAGGCGACGUCUUCAUCUCUUUCAGUACUGACGAAGACGCUAGACAGGCUAUGCUUUCGGACGGUGGAUGCAUCAAAGACGUGCAGAUCAGACUUCUGUUGAGCUCGCGUAAUGAGAUGCAAAAAGUAAUCGAUACAGCCCGACAACAAACCUUGUAUAACGCAUACAUGCAGCAAAAUUUGAUGCAACAGCCUCAGAUCCCCAUAGUUGGGUCAUUGCAGCCACCGUUGACUGCUAAGGUAUAUAUACAGAAUACUUGUAUAUAUUUGCGUCCGAACAAUGAAGUCGAUCCCGUUGUCCUACCGCAGCCACAACAACAGGUGAGGCCCGACCGACUCGGUGCGCAGAUGUUGCGCAGACAACCCUUAAUGGACAACAUGUCGGCACUUAUGCCCCAAGACAAACAGCAACAAAUGCAGCAACAGCUUUUGUCUCCAAAAUCAUUGGAGAACAGAGAUCGUGACGAUAAGAGCCACAAACGUAGUGACCGAUCUCGGUCGAAAUCCCGAGAACGGCGGUCCAAGUCGUCACGUAGUGGUGGUGGUGGUAGUGGUAGACGGGAAAGGUCGAGGUCUAGAGACCGGCGGCGCCGGGACCGGAGCCGUGGGAGAGACAGGUCUAGGGAUAGGUAUCGCGGCGAUGGCAGAAACUCGUCGAGCCGAGGAAGUGGAGGCAAAUCGCAAAGGUCACGGUCACCAGUCGCCAACAAAGGGGCAGACGGUAAGUUGAUCGGCGAUCAACAGGCUCAAAUCAAUCCUUGGUCCUGUCAAUAUGACAACAUGCAGCAACAGCAGGCAGCGAUGGCUGGGGUAGAAAAUCAUCAGCCAGCCACGAUGAUGAACAACGCAAUACCCGGCAGCAUUGCCGGAUUCCCGCAAUUUAGGUCGCCACCCCAGCCACCCAUCAUUCCCGUCAUACUUCCUCAGAAUUCUUUUCAUCAACAACAACAACAACAACAGCAGCAGCAGCAGCCACAACAACCGCCGCCGCUAAUGAAUCGAUGGCCAUCGAGUGGCGGAAACCGCCCACAUCAGCAGCAGCAGCAGCCGUACGUUCCUGACAAUGAUUUCCGCGCUAACGUAUAUGGAGGUGGCGGUAGUGAUGACGAGGACGAUCGACAAACCGAAUUCGACAACAAUUUUCACGGAAGGUAUAACGAUAACUCCGCACCGGGUAUGAGAAGAGGACCGCCUGGACAAGAUUUCCGAGAGCAACGAGGUUUCGGCCCGAACCGAGGAGGUCCUAGAUUUCACAAACCGCAACAGGCCGUGCCGCCCGUUGUGGGACAGCAUAACCGCGGUGGCGGUGCAGGUCAACGGUCGUUCGACGAGUUCGGUAACAGCAAUGGACCCAGGUUCAACCAUCAGCAGCAUCAACAGCCACCAAGGUAUGGUGGCCACAACAUCCAAGAAGGUGGUGGGAGAGGAGGCAGACCAUCCAGGUUCAGCUCGAUCAACGAAAAUGGUAAGCCUUAUUCCAGGUUUAAUCAAGCUCCACAGCAGCAGCAGCAGUCUCGUCGAGACAAUGACGAAGGGCCCUUCGACGAUUCUAAAAGAAUACCACCCCGGUACAACGACCGGUACAGGUACGACGUUCGGAACGCGCAAGUUCCUCACUCUGAAGGCUUGUGUGUGGAGGUAAACAACAUGUCCAAUCCGUUCUCGUACGGGGACAUCCGGAAACUGUUUGAGGGCAUACAUAUCGAUGGGUCCGCGAUCAAGAUCCAAAAACACCGUCAGGGCGUGGCGUUCGUCCGGUUUGAUAACAACAACAACAAGAACUUGGCCAUGAAAGUCAACGGGACCGCGUACAAAGGUAACCACGUGGUAGUCAAACACCUGGACGACGAGGCGUACGAGCGGGAUAACACGGACGACCGGCCGUAUCCGUCUACGGCGGUGGCUCCGAACAUAGUCGAUCACGUGGACUUGGUGGACGACGACGACGAAGAAGAAGGCACAACUGAUCAGCCAGCGGUAUCGUCUGACAAAAAGAAAUCGAACAGGUCUAAAACCGAAGACGAAGGAAGCGACGACGAUGACGACGACGACAACAACGAUCUGGUAGUGUGUGAAAAAACAUCUAACAAGGAAGUGUUGUCGACCGAAGACGGUGGCGACGAACAACGGAAAGAUCCGCCGACCAAAUAUCUGAAACUCAAACAGCUGCCGGUCACAGUGACCGAGGAAGACGUGAUGAACGAGUUCGACGGUGGCAGCGACGUGCGCCGCGUGACAUUCUAUCCGGAUGGCGAGUUCAUGGGCGCCGCGCUCGAGUUUACUAACAUGGAAGCUGCCGAAUCGGCGCUCAAGCGAUACGACUGCGUCUUGUUGGGCUCUACGCCUGUGCCCGUGCUGCGGUGCUCCUACAAAGAGUACACGCAGAUAAAGCGCAAAUCCGGCGGCGGCGGCAGACGUUUUUCGAACGACAACAGCGGUGGCGGCGGCCGUCACCACCAUCACAGUCACCACCACCACGGCAACAACAACCACCACCAACAGGCGCCGUCGUCUUCUUCGCCCGUGCCGGUGGCGCCGCCGCCCCCGAACGUUUCGGGCGGUGCGCCGGUCGUCCGGUCCAACUGCCUGUACGUGUACGGCUUGCCGACGACCGUCACCAACACGGACAUCACUCAGUUCUUCUCCGACUCGUCCGUGUUGCCGGACAAGAUACACAUUAUGCUCAGCAAGUUCGGCCGUCCCACCGGCGAGUCGUACUGCGAAUUCGGGUCCGCGCAACAGGCGAGCGCGGCCAUGGUCAAGAACCAAACGUACAUGGGGCCGAACCUCGUGUGCGUCGAGCCCAUCAAUCGGUCGUUCAUGAUCCAGGCCAUUACCAAACCGAUGCAACAGCACUGCAACAACCAUCACCAGGAUAUGUCCUGGGGCGGCGGCGGAGGACCGCCGUCCAGGCAACAGCACCACCACCAGAGGCCCCAGCAGUACGGAGGUCACAACAACGGCGGACCGCCGUACGGCGGUGGCGGUGGCGGAGGCCGGCCGCAGCAGCAACAGUUCAACAUGAACAACGGCGGAGGUCGCGGCGGCGGCGGUGGCGGUUACACGCCCAGGAUACGCGGUCCCGGACCCGGGCCGAACGCCGGUCCCGAAGGGUUCGGACAGCCCGGGUGCGUGAUCGCGCUGGACAACGUGCCGUACAGGGCCGACGUCCAGCAGAUCGUGGAUUUCUUCGAAGGUUUCGAAUUGAACAGUCAGAACGUGAUCCGGCGGUUCAACGACUUCGGCAAGCCGACCGGCGAAGCGCGCGUCAACCUCAGGAACCCGCAGGAGGCGUCGCGGGCCGUCCGGGCGCUGCAGAACAAGUCGAUCUUCAACAGGCCGGUGCGGCUGACGCUCUUGUAAAUCUCCAAACAAUCGACCGACCGACUAUUGCUGUUUUUUGUUGUUGUUGUUACGACAAAGUUGUCUUUCCACUAAUAAUGUGCACUCGAGUGCAACAAUGUUUUGAAAUAAUAAUAAUAAUUAUAUGUGUUCUAUGUAAUAUUCGUGUCAACUGUUUUCCUGAAACUUCGGCUAGAUGUAUCGAUUUUAUUUUGAUUUCGAUCGCUCUGAUUAUACACGCGGUGUGCUAAACGUAUUAUAACAACUAUAUUAUUCUUCGAGCGCUUUACGAUUUAAUUUAAGCCGAAUGCAUGAUGUAUAAUUUGUAUCUAUUUUAAUAUCGUUAUAAUAUUUUUAUUAUGUAUGUUUGUAUAAAUAAAAUGAAAUAAAUAUGUACCAAAUAUCUAUAAUUUUAAAUGUAUUUUUAUUGCGACUAUAUAUAAAUAUUAACUAUAUAAUAAGUAAUAACUAAUAAGAAAUAAUUUAUAAUAAAAUAUUGUAAUAUCAUUUUUAAAGACUAACAUAAUAAAUUUUGUAUUUAGAAUUUUGUUGAUCAACCUAUGUUGGUCAACUGUGUUAUUGUAAACAUUUUCGUAGUAGAAAGGUUAUUUGAAACUGUGUCUCCGAUCAUUUUUACCGUUAAAAUGGGCGGUGGUCGUUAGGGCGACUAUCAUUUGUACCGUUAGGGCGGGUGAAUUUAUUUUUACCUAUAUGCGAGGUAAAAACCUGGUGACAGAUACAACAGAUGACAUUAUAGCUAAACAUUAUUAAUCACUAUUAUCGAACAUUUAAAUAAUUCAUUGUUGAAUGUGUAUAUGAGCAUUUUAAUACAAAGCCAAUAGAUUACUUUAGAAUGUGAUGCUAAUAUAUUGUACGUAAUUUUAUUUAUAA